AUGGAAGCGCAUCAUCGAACACAGGACUUUGACGAAAACGAUGGUGAUGCUGAUAACUUGCGCUUGUACCAGCAGCUGUACAGCUAUGCUACUCGAGGCAACACAAAUAGAUUUAACGACACUAUUGCAAAUGAGCUUCAUGAUCCCAAUGCUCGAGUUCAGCUUCUGUCUCGACGAAGCCCCCAGAAUAACACAUUUGUUCACAUAGCUGUGAGCUCUGGCCAUGUCGAACUAGCAGCCAAGAUCUUGCAAGAACACAAGCCCCUUUUGUUAGAGAAAAACUUUGAAGGUGACACCGUGCUCCACAUUGCGGCCAAAGCCAAAGAUAUAGAUACGACAACAAACACUCUUCUCCGUGAAGCACGAGGAACAACAAACGUUGAAAAUAAUGCUGAUGUAUUGACGUUGCUGAGGAUGAAAAAUAAUGAGGAAAACACUGCCCUGCACGAAGCCCUGAUUCAAGGUCACCAAUUAGUAGCCAAGUGUUUGAUAGAGGCUGAUCCUGCCGUUUCACUUUACACUAAUAAGGAACAAAAGUCCCCUUUGUAUCUGGCCGCUGAACAAGGGCUUGUUGAGAUAGUGAAGCUAAUAAAAGAAAAAGCAAUUGAGAAGGACACAGAAAUUCAAGGCAAGUCCCCGUUGUUUGCUGCAAUUCUAGGCCGCCAGAAAAAAGAAGUCCUAAAGAUAAUAUCAAACAUGGAAGCAAAUAUUUUGAACUCAGAAGAUGAGAAAGGGAGGACUCCACUGCAUUGUGCAGCAUCAACUGGUUAUCUAGAAGGGGUUCGCUUCUUAGGCAGACGUCUCAAGGAUUCUCAUCGAAAGGAUCAUUGUGGGAACUUCCCGAUCCAUUGUGCAUCAAGCAAAGGUCAUGUCGACAUUGUUAAAGAGCUGCUUAGACAUUGUCCCGAUUCAAUGGAAUUGAGGAACUCAAGUGACCAAAAUAUACUCCAUGUUGCAGCAAGAUGUGGCGAGGAAAAUCUUGUCAAAUAUUUUCUCAAGAAGGUUGAGUUUCAAAUGUUGAUAAACCAAAAAGACAACAGAGGAAAUACUCCUUUGCACUUGGCAAAGAUGUACCAUCAUCCGAAGGUUGUGGACCUUCUCACUUUCGAUAGAAGGACCAACUUAAAGGUCAUGAAUGAUAGGGGCAUGACAUCUCUUGACAUUUCAGAAAGCACUUUGGAAACUAGUGCAUCAUAUCAUGGGUAUGUUAAGUACAAGUGA